AUGGGCUGCACAUUUCCUUAUAGCCGAUCUCACCUAUGUCACGAAGAAAAUCUCAUUUCUGAAAUUGAAAGUUACUUAACGAUACCUAAUUCCCCUCCUUUAGCUAACAAAUCAAUAGAAAAUCCCUUUUUAGGAAAAUUUAUUUAAUUAAAUCAUUAAUAUAGAAAAUGAUAAUUCUUAUAAUGAAAUCUCGCUAAUUCUAGAAUAGAAUUAUUAAAAGCGCCUACGAAACCAGUCCUUCUUCCUUGCGUUUUGGAUGGACAGGUUUGCAUUUUUCAAUGCCAAAUUACAGCGAUCACUUUCCCCGGCUAUAUGGAGGUCUUCACUUCGACGCACGAACAUCUACCAUCAGGAAGAAAUUCGAAGAGCCUUCGAUCUGUGUGGCAAAAACUCAGAAUCAUCUUGACGGGAAUGCUGUAAAAUUCAUGGGCUUCUCAUCCUUCUCCCAUAGAUAACCAUUGGGAGCUGAACUCGACCGGACUCUAACUCCCAACUAUGCCCAGGAAGGCUUUAUCUUCACCUGUUAAAUCUGCUCCCUCUGGACUAGGCCAUAUUUCUAUCCUAAUCAGCUUACAUUCUAAACAUAACUUUUUAAAUUUAAUUAAUUUUGUCUAAAUUUACUCUAAAAUUAUAUAAAAAAAUAAUUUUUAAAAAAAUACUGUAGGGAGGAUAAAGUCAAAAGUAUGGCUUUUGAUAAAGAAAUCAGUCGAUAUGCCCUAGGUCAAUUCGUGAGAGAGAAAAAGCUGGAAGAAAUCUAUGCAGAAUUUAAUACAGAUGCCUCUUUCCUUAAGCUCAAAAAAGGCAUAAGCUAUUCAUUUUAUAAGAGAUUAAGGCUAGGAGCAGCAGGCUACAAAGUAACUAUGCUUGUGUCUACAGCUAUUUGGUUCGGUACCAAUACAGAGACUGAAAGUGCACUAAACAUUUUCAGAAAUUAUGAUAGAAAUUGUCAAAAUAAACUAAAACUUGAAGAUUUUCGGCAAAUGAUUGACGAAUUUUUGGAACUGACAUCAAUUUUCGUUACUAUAGCUAUUAAGUGCUACCCUGAAAAUAUGAACAUUUUAGAAGCUUAUCUGAAAAAAAUCAAGAAUGGAAAAGAAUAUGCAAUUGGUUAUUUAUUAUAAACAGGCUAAGGUAUAUUAAAAAUAAUCUCAAUUAAAGCACUUUUUAUUAAAAAUUAGGAUUUCAACAAUUUUAAAAAGAAAUAUAGUCAUUCAUAACACUAUAACUUUAUUAAUAAAUCAAGGAGAAAAUUCAGAAUAUAUUACAUUAGAAAUGUACAUGAAGGCAAUGAAAGAUCCUCUAGUGAAAAAAAUUUGUACUUCUUCAGGGUUUAGAGAAUUGUUGUUAGAGUGUAACAGUCUUAGGCUAGAAGCAGAUAAGAUAUUCCGACAAUCUUCUUAA